AAUAUCAGCUGAGAACAGAGGAUGAGAUGCAGUAGGAGUGCGUACUACGCACUCACCUGCAUCGCCCAAAAGCUCAGAACAAAGGGUUCAGUCUCUCAAAGUUAGAGAGAGAAACUAGAGAUAGAUUAGGGGACCCUAUCAACAACAAGGACAGCAAUAUGAUAGGCUACAAGGUGGUGACCCAACAAAAGCACAGCACCUGUGGUUCUGGAACUAUAGCGAAGAUAAUGAGCUCUCUUGCUCCUCACCCUAGCUCUAUAGACUAUAACAUGGUAACCCAUGUAUAUAUGUCCAAUCACACCCCAACACCUGGCUGAAAUAUCCAGCCUUCUUUUGAAUUAUACUCUCUCGUCUCUCGUCUCUGGGGCUCAGCCUUUCCUUGAUGAUGUUCUAGAGUAGGUCGGUUUUGUCACCCACAAAAGUCCUCUUUUUUGAAAAUUACAGUAGCAAUUGGCUGUGAUUGCUUUUUUGACCAUCAUGGAAGGUUUUGGAAGUUUUGGGUUCAGUGAUAAAAACAGUGCUGUGAGGAAGAAAAGGAGUAAUACAUCCCACCGUCCCAGGAAUGAUUCACAGAUGCCUUCAGAUUACCAUGACAUUUCGUCCUUGUCAUCCACACCACCUUCAGAUAACGUGAGCAAGGUAUCAAGUGGUGAAAAUAAUGGUUAUGCUUCAAUUUCUCAUAAGAAAGAAGUCAAUUUGAACUCAUGCAGCACAAGGCCUUUAUCUAUUAACAUUGCUGAGGUAGAAUCUGGCCGGAAUGGAGAUGGAGGAGGAUUUGGAGAAUCUGAUGAAGGUUCCUUUAAUGGUUCUUUUCGAGGAAGUAAUGAACAAGUGCACAGUGUGGUUGAUUCCAAAGGACACAGUGAAGGUGUCCUUGCGCCAGCUGAUUGGAAGGGCACGAGCAAGAUGGGGCUCAUUGGAGCUGUUUCAGAUGGUUUAGAAUAUGAAAACAAAGUGAAAAAGGUUAAGCUUAAAGUUGGUGGUGUUACACGUACAAUUCAUGCAAAAUCAAUAUCAGAUGGUGCAUCGGGUGUUGGUUCUCAUUCUACAAAAGCUUCUCGCAUUUCAGAUGCCCCUUCGCUGCGGCCGAAGUUGAUUGGUCAGGAUAAUUCCGAUGAGAAUCGUUCUUUUACUUCAGAUAAGGGGAAUGGCUUACGAGGGGUUCCAUGGAGGGAUUUCUCCAAAUAUGGUUUUAAUGUGGGAAAACCUGAUUCUUCAAGGAAUAGGAUACCUGAAGGAAAUAAUUCCACUAACCAAGCUGAUAAAUAUGAGCCCAUUCGCAAAAGCAAACGGAUCUUCAAGAGACGCGUUUUAAGUGAAACACUUGCUGCUGGAGAUGACGAUGAUGAUGAGAUUAGAUACUUUGAAAAACUCAAAACAUCCAAGGCUACCAGUGAUUACAUUGUGGAGUAUGAAGAUGAUGAGGAAGGAGGGAGUAGGAAGCAGAGGAAGAUAUCAAGGGUGUUGAAGAGUAAUUUUGAUGGCCAACUAAAUGUUGAUGGGGAAGGGACUCAUCUCUCAUCAAGAUCAGGCAAGGAGGGUAAAAAGACUCGAUCAGGGAGGGUAUUUAAAGAUACUGAUUAUGUAGAAGAGGAAGAGCCAAUCUCAGAUGGUGAUACCAAUACUGAUAAGAAGAAACCAAAAAAAGAGUUUGCUGAUUUAUUGGGAGAUAAUAAGAAAGAAAUGACAGUCACUACACGUCAGCGGGCUCUUCGAACUGUCAAAGAGGUCUCUUCCAGUAUCAGUGCUAGUCUAAUUGAGUUCCCAAAUGGCUUGCCUCCUGCUCCACCCAGGAAGCAAAAAGAGAAACUUUCUGAAGUGGAGCAGCAGUUGAAGAGAGCGGAGGCUCUUCAGAGACGUAGGAUGCAGGUGGAGAAGGCAGCUAGGGAAUCUGAGGCCGAGGCUAUUAGAAAAAUCCUAGGUCAAGAGUCAAGUAGGAAGAAGCGCGAAGAUAAGGUGAAGAAACGCCAAGAAGAAUUGGCACAGGAGAAGGCCGCAAACUCUAUGGUACUUGCAUCAGACUCUGUUAGAUGGAUCAUGGGUCCCUCAGGAACAGUCGUUACAUUCCCUACCGACAUUGGCUUGCCAACCAUAUUUGAUUCCAAGCCUUGCAGUUACCCCCCUCCCCGUGAGAAAUGCGCUGGGCCAUCUUGCACAAACCCAUACAAGUACCGGGAUUCCAAGUCGAAGCUCCCCUUAUGUAGUCUCCAGUGCUACAAGGCAAUAAAUGAAAAGAUGCAGCCUUUAACAGCCUGCUAGUCAGGUGGAUUUGGCUAUAUAGAGCUAAUGCGUGUGGGUAGUCCUCCACCAUUAUUUGUAUCUUGAAAUUUAGAGUCAAUCCCUUGACCAGAAGCUGUUUAAUAACUGAUCGAAUUUUUGUAUGUAUAUGAAAGAGUUGUAUUCUUAGAGCUAUUUUUUCUUUUC